GGUGCCGUCCCCUCGCCGCGCAGCCCCGGCUCGGCACUGCCCCGCCACAGCCACCGCGGCCCCGAUGCUUUUAGGAGGAGCGCUGCCGAGGCCUAGUGGGGGGGAAAUGAAAGGAAAAGGAGGUUUUAGCGCCGGGAGCCUCCGCGUCCCGGCGGGAGGACCGGGAUCGGGGGGAGCUCGGCGGGCGGCAGGGCGGCCUCCGCCGCGGCGCUUCUCCCCGGCGGGCUCCACCUGCCCGCGGGGGGAGCGGAGCCUGCUCCGGUCCCGGUCUCGGUCCUGGACCCACCGCGCUCGCUCGGCGCCCCGCGGGGCAGCGGCUCCGCGCUCGGGGCCACCCCGGCAGCGGCGCGGGCUCUGCUCCCCGAGGACAAGGUCAAGGAUGAAGGGUCAAUGUCAAGUUGUCUUAACGGUGGAAAGGCGACCGUUCACGGCGGCACUCCCUGCUUCCCGCGUUUCUGGUGUCCUUGAUUGAUUUGAAAGUGCCAUUUUGAGGGGAAAAACGCACCCGGGCGCCGAGGAGACGCGAGGGCUUCGCUUUUCCUUCCCCAGGGCGAAGAAGCGAGGAUGGUUGCAGGGACCCUUGGAGGACUGAAUUCUGCCAAACGAACCCUCCGAGAGGCCUGUACUGGUAUUGAAAAUAUUGAUGAAGCUAUAACGUUGCUUGAACAAAAUAACUGGGAUUUAGUGGCAGCUAUAAAUGGUGUUAUACCACAAGAAAAUGGCAUUCUGCAAAGUGAGUACGGUGGAGAGACUUUACAUGGACCAGCCUAUGGCCCCACAAGUCAUUCUACAGCAGCUUCUUCAACCCCUUCCUCAUCCUCAGCAUUUCGCCAUGUAGUGCCAUCUAGACAAAUAGUGGAAAGACAACCUCGAAUGCUUGACUUCAGGGUUGAGUACAGAGACAGAAAUGUGGAUGUAGUACUUGAAGACAGCUCCUCAGUUGGAGAUAUCAAACAUAUUCUAGAAAAUGAACUUCAGAUUCCUGCAUCUAAAAUGCUGUUAAAAGGGUGGAAGACUGGAGAUGUAGAUGAUAGUACUGUUUUAAAAAGUCUACACUUGCCAAAAAAUAAUAGUCUUUAUGUUCUAACACCUGACCUGCCUCCUCCUUCUUCAAGUCAUUCUGGGGCCCUGCAGGAGUCAUUAAAUCAGAACUUCAUGCUGAUUGUCACCCAUCGAGAAGUCCAGCGGGAGUACAACCUCAACUUCUCAGGAAGCAGUACCAUUCAGGAGGUAAAGAGGAAUGUGUAUGACCUGACUAGUAUCCCUGUCCGUCACCAGUUGUGGGAAGGCUGGCCCUCUUCUGCCACAGAUGACUCAAUGACUCUUGCUGUAUCGGGGCUGACUUUCCCUUGCCAUCGACUUACAGUUGGAAGAAGGUCUUCACCUGUACAAACGAGGGAGCAGUCAGAGGAGCAAUGCACUGAUGUUCAUAUGGUUAGUGAUAGUGAUGGAGAUGACUUUGAAGAUGCUACAGAGUUUGGAGUUGAUGAUGGAGAAAUGUUUGGAGUAGCAUCAUCUGCCUUGAGGAAAUCGCCAAUGAUGCCAGAAAAUGCUGAAAAUGAAGGAGAUGCCUUAUUACAAUUUACAGCGGAGUUUUCUUCAAGAUAUGGUGACUGCCAUCCUGUUUAUUUUAUUGGAUCAUUAGAGGCUGCUUUUCAAGAAGCCUUCUAUGGGAAAGCUAGAGAUAGAAAGCUUCUUGCUAUCUACCUCCACCACGAUGAAAGUGUACUAACCAACGUCUUCUGCUCACAAAUGCUUUGUGCUGAAUCUAUUGUCUCCUACCUGAGUCAGAACUUCAUAACCUGGGCAUGGGACAUGACAAAAGAAGCAAACAGAGCAAGGUUUCUGACGAUGUGCACUAGACACUUCGGGAGUGUUGUAGCCCAAACAAUUCGAACUCAGAAGACAGACCAGUUUCCACUUUUCCUUAUUAUUAUGGGAAAACGAUCAUCUAAUGAAGUAUUGAAUGUAAUACAAGGUAACACAACAGUGGAUGAGCUAAUGAUGAGGCUGAUGGCUGCGAUGGAGAUCUUCAGUGCCCAGCAGCAGGAAGACAUAAAGGAUGAGGAUGAACGUGAAGCCAGAGAAAAUGUGAAAAGAGAGCAGGAUGAAGCGUACCGCAUCUCGCUGGAGGCUGACAGAGCCAAGAGGGAAGCACAAGAGAGAGAAAUGGCAGAGCAGUUUCGCUUGGAACAAAUCCGAAAAGAACAGGAAGAAGAACGUGAGGCUAUCAGGCUGUCUCUUGAGCAGUCUUUGCCUCCUGAACCAAAGGAGGAGAGCACAGAGUCUGUCAGCAAACUGCGUAUUCGGACGCCCAGCGGAGAAUUCUUUGAGCGACGUUUCCUGGCCAGCAGCAAGCUGCAGGUUGUCUUUGAUUUCGUAGCUUCCAAGGGAUAUCCUUGGGAGGAGUACAAGCUGCUGGGCACCUUUCCGAGGAGAGAUGUGACCCAGCUGGAUCCAAAUAAAUCAUUACUGGAGGUAAAACUGUAUCCUCAAGAAACCCUUUUCCUAGAGGCAAAAGAAUAGAUCAAACAAGAUUGUAGGACUAAUCAUCCUUUGAUAAGGCAGAGGCACAGCGUCGAGAGGAAGACUCCUAUCAACACCACCUUGUACUAUCAUCCAGCUCAGUUCCAUGUCACAAGUUUGCCUCUUGCAAGAAUCCUGAAAAAUUGAAAAAACAUAGCUACUUAAAGUUUCACAUACAUGAGUAUAUGUUUCCAACCUCAUUUAAAUGAGCAGAGGAUAAAGUUCUGCUAUGAACACUGAACAUUAUGAUUCUGUUGCUCACUUAUCAUCCAGCUUUUGUUAUAAUUAAUGCACUGUUAAAAUGUGAGUGAUUGUUAAGUAGAAUUUUUACUCCUCAAAUGCCCCUUUUUCACCAAGAAUUCUUGGACAUUUCUGCCUGUACUUUUGACACUAGAAUGCUGUAUAUUUGAUAUCUCACUGAGCCAGUGCUCUCAUAUAUAUGCAUUUUAUUUCUGUGUUUGAAUUUCUACUUUGUCAACUAAUUUAAAAAGGCAGAAAAAAAAAUUAAUGGGACAUUCUCAGCCAUGAAAAUUUAACAGUAUUAUAGUAGAAAGCAUAUAAUUUUUGUUAGUACUUUCUGACUUCUUUGAUAAGAUGUAAGGUUUUGUUUGGAGAAUAUAGUUUGACAUAUAUGCAAGAUAUUUAUUUACUGGUUCUGCUUUGGGUCUCGGUUCCAAUUCAGUUUAGGAAGUAUUUUCCAUUACAUUGCAGUGUGAAACUGCUUAUUGCAUGAUGUGAAUAUUUAAAUAACAUAAGAAAUGGCCAGUACCAGAAACCUGGUAUCUUGCCAACAGUUCAGGAAUCAGCUGAUAUUGAAUAUCAGCUGUUAAAAACCUUUCAAAUACCAGAUACAAAAGUUCUUUAUUUCUCAUUGUGAAAGAAAGGGCAGUUCCCAUUUUAGCAGUUUUCCUUCAUUCUGGCACUUGCUUGUCUCCUAUUACUCUGCUGGUUUAAAGCACCUUGUUUGGUUCAUCAAACAAUGGGUAUUUUAAGGGGUGGUGUAAUAAGAAAUCUGCCUUAUUGUUGCACACUUCGGACAUUUUAACAAUACAUUAUUGAUCCCUUCUCAAAUUAAAGAAAUCCUAGUUCUCUUGUCUGAAAUGUAUGCACCAGCUACCUGCUAUCUGAUGUGGAAAAAUCUGGUACUUCAAAUUCUUGACUAUAGAAUGAGCAUACUGAGUCUAAGACCAUAACGUGCAGUUGAUGCCAAAUCUGCAUCAAAACUGGUUUAGUUAUUUUUUUCUUUUUGGUUUUUUUUCUCCUUCUUUUUUAGUUUAAUCUCUGGGCUUGCAGGAUAGUGCACAAUACAGAUUCAUCAUCUGCUAAUGAAAUUUCUUUUUCUUUUAAAGCCUGGCACGUUGUUUUCCACCUAUGUUUGUAUGUCAUUCAUUGUGUGUAUUGUAGGUAAAUGAGUUCUGAUUUGAAAAUUUUGUACUAAGCAAAAACCAGUUGCACACGUCUUUUAGUUUUUCUUUUUUUUUUCUUUGGAAGGAUGGUGAUAUAAAAUUAAAUGUAUGCCUAUUAUUAGGGUGUUAGUGACGCUGAUAUAUUGUUACCUUUACCAAAAAUGCAAAUUUCUGAGCGGGGAAAGCCUUAUUCUACCUUUUAUAAUUCUGUAAUUAGUGAGUGCUACACCAGACACUUUUAGAAGUGAAGUAUCUAUGACAAACAAAAGGUUUGGAAGUGUAAGCAAAUCCUAAUAAUUUGCAGUUCACAAAUAAAAGAAUUCAUAGCCAAUAGAACGAUAAAUGUAUGUGUGAUGGAAAGCUGAAUGCAGACGCUUCAUUCUGAACUUUUGUUUUCUUUAAAAAAAAAAUCCACCGCGUUUAUUAAAUAAGAAAUUAACUUGGGUUGCAAAUUGGGGUGAUGCUGUUUCUACAAACAAUCACAGUAAUACAUACAGCAGGAUUUUAAAGUGAUGCAUAUCUUUUUUUUUUUUUCCUUCUAAGCUGGCUAUUGAGGAGGUGAAUUGCUGAAAUACUGCUACACGAAGCAAGGCGACCUUUCAGCUAACUUUUAUGUUAAUCUGUUUAACUUCUGUUUGAUCUCAUCAGGCUGUUUUCUCUCACUCAACUUUAUUUCUGUAUUUUGACUAUAUAUUCUUUACUUUGAUACUAGUUUUAUAAAGUUAUUAAAUGUGGCUUGAAUAUUUGUUGAACUUGUUGAAGUCAGUACUCCCAGGGUUGGUUGGCCUUUUUUUUUUCUGAACUCUUUUAUUUUUUCCCUCAUUUUGUUCAUAUUGCAAAAUACACUGUCAUUAUCAAAAUGUUCUAGUGAUGAUUACCUGAAAGUGUUCAAAGUGGUGGCAUUACUGCCUCUGAUAUAAAGAUAUUGAGAUCAGUAUACAGGGAUCACUCUGCCACAAAGUAAACAAGUGUAUCGCUCUUUAAAUAAAAAGUUUAUGAUUUUGGUCCUUAAA